GAAGAUAAAAACGAGGUAUAUGCAAAAUAUAACUUGAAUUCGUCAGUAUAUUUACGGUAUAUUUUGGUAUAUUUCUGAAGGUCUGGGUCACACUGAUCACAAUAUCACAAUAAUAAUGCAGGGGGAUUGCUAGGGCAGUUACGAUGUCGCAAACGAUGAGGCACACACCAUAGAAAAAAAAUUAAGCUAAGCAGAAAACACAACAACACUACCAAGAACAGCAACAACACAGCGGAGUUAUUUUCGGCCCCAAAUCAGAGAUUGCGGAAGCCACGGCCCGGACAAGACACGGAAGUUACUCUUAACAGUCGACCCCUCUCGCAAGACCAGACCCUGAGGAGUCAUGGCCGCGGUGCUGCCCGAGAACGCAGCCGAUCCAAUCGCCGUUGCCAAUGAAAUCAAUAACAUCAACGGGAACCCGAAUGGAAAUGGGAACGCCAACGCGCGUAAUCGCGGCCUAGGGGGCGGCGCUGGACAGAACAAUAUGAUGAACAUGCGGGAUAGGCUAUUCCAUGCGAUCUACUUUCGGGCGGCGGCCGCCUAUGCGGAGUUGGUGCCAAGGAAGGUUCAGCUAACCAUCGAGUUCUUGCUGCUGGCCAAAGCACUGGUGUUUUUUUUCACCCUCGUCUAUGUGCACAAUGCCUUCAUCAAGAAUCCAUGCACCUGUCUGCAGGAGGUGCAGAACUGGCCGCGAGAAGGUGUCAUUAGAGUGGAGAUUAUUCCCCACCUGGCGGAAAAACGAGCCAUUUGGCAGAGUAUCAAGCAAGAUCAGCAGGUUGUGCGUUCCCUAAAAGAUUCAUAUUACUAUGACGUGGGCCCUCAGACUCUGGAUAACUACAAUAGACUAAAACGCUAUGAGGCGAUCCUGCGCAAGCUGGGCUUGCCUGUUCGCCCAACCGUUGCCUACAGCAACGAGACCCUGUACUACUACUUCGAUGCCAUCAACAUACUGGACACCUACGAUCACCCCAAUGCCAUACAGCUCAAGAACGAAGACGAUGAUGAUGAGCAAUACAUUGUCGAGUAUUCGCUGGAAUAUGGACACCUGCGCCUCUCAUCGGCCACCCGCAAGCGGCUGCAAAUACCUGUGCUCACAGUGCAAUUAGAUCCCAAUACGAACGAGUGUUUCGGUGAUAAAUUAACACGUUACCUGCUCAAGCGUCUGCUAGGCUACGAUGACCUACUGAUGGCGUCGGUGCGCACCAUAGCGGAAAAGGAGGAGAACAAGGGCUAUUUGCGUAAUGUGAUCACGGGCGAGCACUAUCGUUUUGUGUCCAUGUGGUGGGCUGCCUGGAGCAGCUAUCCGGCUGCCUUUUCUGUGAUGUUGCUGUUUACGUUCUCCGUUUCCAUGCUUCUUCGGUACUCGCAUCAUCAGAUCUUUGUCUUUAUAGUGGAUCUGCUGCAAAUGCUGGAGUACAAUGUCUCUGCUAGGUUUCCCAUUGCUCCGCUGCUGACCGUUAUCCUGGCGCUCGUAGGAAUGGAGGCCAUCAUGUCGGAGUUCUUUAAUGACACUACAACGGCCUUUUACAUCAUACUGAUUGUGUGGAUAGCGGAUCAAUACGACGCCAUAUGCUGUCACACCAGCAUCACCAAGCGCCAUUGGCUCAGGUUCUUCUAUCUAUACCAUUUUGCAUUCUAUGCGUAUCACUACCGCUUCAGUGGACAGUACAGGACCCUGGCCCUGCUCUCCUCGUACCUCUUCAUUCAGCACUCGAUGGUGUUCUUCUUCCACCGGUAUGAGCUGCCUGCCAUCAUGGCACAGCAUCAGGUCUUCAUCGUCACACGCAACCAGUUGAACCCGGGGGCCGCUGCCGGAGGAGCAGCAGCACGAGGAGCGGCAGCAGCCAGAGUCGUGCCUGUACCCGUGGAGCAGCAGGCGGCCUUCCAACGUGUUAUCCACAUUAUGAAUCGUCUUUUCAGCCAACUGGGGGCUCAGCGUCAGCAACGUCAGCUGCAGCAGCCAAGACCCGACGAGCCCCAGAGGCCGCCAGCGGGGGCGGGGGCGGGUGCCAACAACGGUACGGCUGCCGUGGCCGUUGCCCUGGCCAAUUUAAGGCGUCUGCCCUUGGUGGGGCAGUUAUUGCAGCGUCGCGACCAGUUUCCCACCGUACGGCGGGUGUUUCUUGGCCACGGCGGCAAUGGCCGCAUGAUGCAUGUCCUCUUGCAGCGCGUUAAUAUGGCUGACAUACCCGAAUUGCGCAAUCGGGUGGCAGCAAUGGCCGUGGCCGCUGCCGCCGCCGCAAGCCAGAGGGCAGCAGCAGCCGCAGAAGCGGACGGUGGACAGGCAGGAGAGACAACCAACAGCAGUACUCCAGCAGCAGGAGUCGGAGCAGGAGCAGCAGCAGGAGCAACAACCUCCAUUGCGGCCGAUACAACAUCCACAGCCGCAGAUGUCGAAGCAAAUCAGGGACGCAAGGAGCCGUCAAGAGGCAUAAAUGAUGCAGCAGCCCCAUCGGAAGCCAAGGCAGUCCAAGGCAACGACAAGCAGGAGCAGGAGCAGCAGCAGGAGGGGGAAUCGAAAAUGGAGGCGCCACAGGAACAGGAUGAAGCUGAAACUGGAGAGGGCGGACAAAAGCCAGGCGUAUCCAAGAUGCUGGAAAAUCCAAAUUCCGUUGCGGCGGAUAUUAUAUAUGUGUCGGAUAAAACUACUGCGAAGCCAGUAGUGGGAGUGGCUGCCACUCAACAACCAAAUCAGCAGCUAACGACCCGAACAGGAACCGGGACCGAGACCGGGAUAGAAACCCACAUCCAUGUCCAAUCGCUAUCCCAAUCCCAAUCCCAGUCCCAGCCAAAGGCAAAGCAAUUAGAAAAUAAUUUGCCAGAGUUUCUGAAAGCAGAGGGGGGACUGACAGCAGCGGCAUCAGGUGAAAAGCAAAGCUGUCCACUGGAAGCUUAUGCCAUUAUGAAUGACCAGCAGGAGAAUAACAAGCCGGACGAGGCCGCGACAGGAGCUGAAGUAGCAACAACAUCAGCAGCUGCCACGUCAAAACAAUCUACAGACGAUGGGGCUGGAGGAGCAGCAGGAGCAGCAGCAGCCUGGCCAAUGAUGGAUGACAGGCAAACAGUUGAUUUUAUAGAAGACGACAGGCCAACAUCAACAGCAAAUUGCCAACUCAAUGCUGGCCCAGGCCACAAGGCACAAAGAGAGGAGCAACAGGAGCAACAGGAGCAGCAGAAGCAGAAGGAGCACCAACAGCUAAUGAAAACUCCACCACAUACAUCAAACCAAGUGACAACAGCAGCAACAUCAGCCGCAACAUCAGAAUAAGCAACGCAUUAAUGGCCAGGCCCUAACGUCCUCCCAUGGCCCUGGGCCAUCCCACAGUCAAGCACCACCUCUGCCCCUGAUCUUCCCCUUCCCCUGACAUAACUAACCGCAUAACAAGAUGUUAUACAUAAAAGAACUAGUAAAUUUUUAGAUAAUUUGUCUGGUGUACUUAUGUCUGGAGAUCAGCCACGACUCACUGCCCACCCGCCCCUGCCCAUUCUGUAUCUGUGAGUGCUGGAGCGUGUGUGUGAGUGGGAGUGGGUGGGUGGCUGAAUGUUGAUUGGUUGUCUGAGAGGUGGGUGCUAGAGCGUGUGUGAACUAGACAGAACUCAAAGGUUGAAAGCUGCGUGGACUGCAGCGACUGCAGACGAACUGUGUUAUGUUAGUUAAGGAGAGGGGAAGGAGGGCAGAGGGAUGUUGGGAAAGUUGUUUGCUUUUUAAUUAGGCCAAUAAAAAGGGUUUCCGAACCCACAAAUACAUAUUUACACGUACGCAUAUAUACACAAGCACCUACACACACACACAAACACACACGCAAGCUAGUCGCUUUAUAAUCUUCAACCGCCAACCUUCUGCCGGCUGCUUUAUUGAGAAAAAUUCGCGGGCAAUUUUUAAUUAAUUUUUCGCUCCCAACCUCCCAGCGAAUCUAGGGAUCCCAGGGUCCAGCCAGGCCGCACCGCAUGCCCCAAUAGACGGAGGGACGGACGGAUUCCGGCCCCUGAUGCUUGGUUUGAGCACUUUUUUGCCUGAAUUUCAUUAAAUGCCAAGAAUUGUCAUUU